ACUCUACACUUUAUUUGGGUCAUCAUCUCGUUUUUAUUUACACACACACACUUUUAUAUUACAUCUUACCCCCUCUUUUUUUUUAUAUAUUAUUUUACUUUCUUUUUCCUUUUCAACCAUGGUCAACUCUCAAGCUCGUAGUGGUUCACCUUUGGGACGUACACUUUCGUUGAUCGAAGUUACAAAUUCUCCUCUUCGGUUUCUUAUUCUCGAUUGUCCUACUGAAUCAACUUUACCUUUUUAUAUGGAAGAAUUCAAACGUUACAAUGUUACUGAUGUAGUUCGAUGCUGUCAACAAACUUAUUCUGCAACUACUUUAGCUAUGGAAGGAAUCACUGUACAUGAUAUGCCUUUUAAGGAUGGUGGUGUGCCUCCUGUAAAUUUGGUGCGUGAAUGGAUUGGUUUGGUUGAUACUCAAGAACAAAAAUUGAAGGAAAACGAUAAUAUUCGACCUACCAUUGCAGUUCACUGUGUAGCAGGAUUAGGACGAGCUCCAGUUUUAGUGGCUAUUGCUUUAAUUGAACUAGGAAUGGAACCUUUGGAUGCAGUUGAGUAUAUUCGAACCAAACGUCGUGGUGCCUUCAAUAAACCUCAAAUCUCCUAUUUGGAUACCUACAAACGUAUUUGGAAAACAAAAUCAUCCUCUUCUUCAUCCUCUCUUAAGUUUACUUUUGGGAAAAUGUUCAAGUUUGGUGGAGCCAAGAAGCAAGAAUUGCCGAUCCAUUGAAUAUAUGGUCCCCCCCUAUUAUUACCAGUAUUAUUAGUUUUACUUUUAUUAUGUUUUUUACCAUUUACUAUUGAUUCAACUUCAGUUUUCUAUUUUUUUGAAAUAAACAAUAUUUUUGUCCCAUUUAA